AUGAAGUACCUGAUAGUUCUCCUCCUUAUCUGUUCUUUAUUGGUCAACAUUGAUUGUCAAGGCAACAGGAUAAGAAGACGUUUAAGAAGGCUUGGGUUAGGACUCACCCUUGGUGGAAUCCUUGGCGGGGGUUUUAGACCGUAUGGAGGAUUCGGCUAUUACAGCCCUUAUGGCCCAUAUGGUGGCUUCUAUCCACCGUUUGGAGGAUAUGGAUACGGAUAUGGAGGCAUUGGACCAGUUGGACUGGGAAUUGGGCUGGGAAUUUUAGGAUAG